AAAAAAAAAACUUAAUCUUCGUAUACAAAUCUAUUUCUAUACUCUCUUACUAGCAACUCAAAACUGAGAUCACAUAUAAACUUUAACCAUUAUGGGUUUAUUCUCAUCGCCUUUAGUUUUUAUUCUUAGCUUGUUCCUCGUUACUAGUUUCGCUAUCAUUGCUCAAAGCCGAAUAGCUAGGAAAGACUUGGGUUUGGAUUUUGGAGGUCGAGGUAAUGUAGGAGCUCGAGUAGGUUCAGGUAUAGGCUUAGGUGGAGGUGGUUCCGCAUCGGGCUCUGGAUCUGGUUCUGUUGGUGCAAGAGGACGAGGUGUGGGUAAUGUAGGGGGAAAUGUAAGAGGUAAUAUAGGAGGUAAUGUUGGAGGCGGAAUAGGUACAGGCAUAGACUUAGGUGGAGGUGGUUCUGCAUCUGGUUCUGCCGGUGCGGGCAGUCAAGGUGGGGGUAACGUAGGAGGUAAAGUCGGAGGUAAUGCAGGAGGUGGCGCAGGUACAAACAUAGGAUUAGGUGGAGGUGGUUCUGCAUCCGGCUCAGGUUCUGCUUCAGGCUCCUCUGGUGCAAGUGGUCAAGGUGGAGGAAAUAUCGGAGGUAAUGCAGGAGCUGGAGUAGGUACAAACAUAGGCUUAGGUGGAGGUGGUUCUGCAUCCGGCUCAGGUUUUGCAUCUGGCUCCGCUGGUGCAAGUGAUCAAGGUGGAGUAAAUGUAGGAGGUAAAGUCGGAGGUAAUGCAGGAUCCGGCGUAGGUACAAACAUAGGUUUAGGUGGAGGUGGUUCUGCAUCUGGUUCUGCUGGUGCAGGUAGUCAAGGUGGGGGUACUGUAGGAGGUAAAGUUGGAGGUAAUGCUGGAGGUGGCGCAGGUACAAACAUAGGCUUUGGUGGAGGUGGUUCUACUGGUGCGAGUGGUCAAGGUGGAGGAGAUGUCGGAGGUAAAUUCAGAGGUAAUGUAGGAUCUGGAGUAGGUACAAACAUAGGCUUAGGUGGAGGUGGUUCUACAUCUGGCUCCGCUGGUGCAGGUGGUCAAGGUGGAGUAAAUGUAGGAGGUAAUGCAGGAGUCGGCAUAGGUACCAACAUAGGCUCAGGUGGAGGUGGUUCUGCAUCCGGCUCAGGUUCUGCUUCAGGCUCCGCUGGUGCAAGUGGUCAAGGUGGAGGAAAUAUCGGAGGUAAAGUCGGAGAUAAUGCAGGAGCUGGAGUAGGUACAGACAUAGGCUUAGGUGGAGGCGGUUCUGCAUCCGGCUCAGGCUCUGCAUCUGGUAACGUUGGUGCCGCUGGUCAAGGUAGUGGUGGCGUAGGAGGUAAAGUUGGAGGUAAUACUGGGGCUGGAGUAGGUACAAACAUAGGCAUAGGUGGAGGAGGUUCUGCAUCCGGUUCAGGUUCUGCUUCUGGCUCCGCUGGUGCAACUGGUCAAGGUGGAGGUGAUGUAGAAGGCAACUCAGGAGCUGGAGUAGGUACAAGUAUUGGCUCAGGUGGGGACGGUUCUGUAUCCGGCUCAGGUUCUGCUAGUGUAGGAGGUCGAGGUGGAGUUGAUGUAGGAAGUAACGUAGGAACUGGAAUAGGUGCUGGCAUAGGCAAGUGAAUGACUAAUUUCAAACAACAUUUAAAGGUUAUGAUCAGGUGUACCUAAGUAAAUCACCAGCGAAAUAUAUAUGAUCAGCUCAUAUUAAGUCUAUCUAAAUAAAGAAGGGCUGAGGCCGAAUGUAAUUUGCCCAGUUUAUCGUUUAAUAGCUUUGUAAUAGAUUUUGAGAAAUUUGCUGCACUUAAAUGGCAA